AUGAGAGUUUUAAUCGUUCUUUCUGCCUUAACCGGCUUGAGUCAAGCUCUUGUCGUCGCCCCACGACAAGCUGUCAGUCCUUCGGAAUUUGCUGUCACAUCGACCACCCUCAGUACAUUCACAAACACCAUUACCACUGCCUAUCCGGUUAUCACUACAGCGACGACCUGUAAUGUAGAUAGUGUAAUCCCAAAAGGCACUUGCUCGGCCGGCGCAGUUUGGUCCUUGACCGGAGGCAAUUAUUAUUCUCAGCAAUGCGGCGCAUCACUCGUUGGUGGAAGCGUUAUUCGUGCCUAUGUCGAACCUGUUGGGGCUGCGGCCACUUCAAUCUGUGUAUCCUUCUGCAAUGCUCUCAACAAUCUGAAAACAUCUGCCAGUUCAUGUAACGGAAUUGUGUUCACCACUAUUGGUGCCAUCAAUGAAUGUUUCUUGAAAAAUGGACCAGUUACUCAAGCACCAGCUGCUUCAAGCGUUUUCAACAUUGUGCAAUAUACAUCCAAUCCUUGUGUUGUCACGAGCACUGCGUUACAAACAGACAUUUCUUACGAGACAAUUACGUCUACGAUUGAAGUCGUUUAUACUUCGACUGUAACUCCAUCUGCCAGUACUUCAGUCGUCACCAUUCCUUCAACACAAACAACCACCAGUACGAGUACUUCAGAAAUCCCUUCAGUCGCGGCAACCACCAGUACUUCAGAGAUUCCUUCAGCCGCUGCCAGUAGUUCCGUCGUCAUCAUUUCCUCGACCGACGCGACCGUCAGUACUUCCGAAAUCCCCUCCGCGGUAUCCACAACUUUAAUCCCCAUCCUCAAUACAACCAUAAUUACUUCCCAAACCUCCGCACCAACCACAACCCUAAUCCCCACCAUCUCCUCAACCAAUACAACCAAUAUAACCACCAGUACUUCCGAAAUCCUCUCCACACCAACCACAACCACAACCUUAACCCCCACCCUCUCUCCAACCAACACAACCAUAAUAACUUCCCAAACCCUCUCCUCCGCAGCCCCAACCAUAGUCUACACCAACUCCUCCAUAUCUAUCUCCACAAUUACUUCCCAACCCCUCUCCUCCGCAGUCCCAACCUUAAUAUUCACCAACUCCUCCAUCCCCAUCUCCACAACCACUACUUCCGCCGCCGCCGCAUCUUCUAGUACUGCUGGCGAUGACGAUAAUGACGAUGAUGACGAUGAUGAUGUCUGUUAUUACGACGACGAGGAAGAUGAGGAAGAGGAUGAUUAUUAG